AUGGACAAGCCAGACAAAGAUGGCGCUCACCCGGUCCGGAAAGAAGCGAAUGUGUCAGAGGUCACGUCUAUUAAACGAUACAAGAGAAUUGACCCCCAACAAGCCAGGGAUGGAGCCGACAGCCACAAGUGUUUGGUGUGUACGGAGACGGCAAAUUAUCUUUGCACGCACUGCGAGGUGUCACAGUACUGUUCUCUUCAACACAUGCGGACGGACACGAUUCACCCGAAGGUAUGCGACCAUCUGGCAUUUCUGAACAGGAAGCAAGAGCUACUGCCGAGGAAGGAGGACAGGGAGCAACAGCUGAAACAGAACAAGCUGCAGAAGCUAGGCUUGGCCAGCAAGAUGAAAGAGAUGGCACUGCAGAUGAGACUAGAGGAUGCAGACCAACAAGCCAAAUUGGCAUGUACGUACAGUUACAAGAUCUACAGCGACAUUCUGGGUCCCAGCAGCGAUUCCUCCUUGGAUGUUUUAGUUUUGUACAUCGUCUGCUGCAUCAAACUACACCAGUGCCCAGAGGCUGAGGCUUGUGUAGCUGAGGUAAAGAAACACCUGAGCGAGUCGACGACCAGCACCUUUUCCGUCAAGGCUGACCUGGAGAAGAUCCAGGGUCUCCUGCAGGUGGCUAAGGGAAAUGCCAUGGAGGCUUUGUCCCAUUUCACCAAAGAGGUCUAUUUCGCGGCCUACGCUUACGGGAAGAAACAUGUGCUAGCCACUGGCAGUUUGACUCGCCUGGGCAGUUCUUUUCUACAGAUGGGCAAGCCCAGUGUGGCCGACUCGCUGUACAGGAAGGCGGUGGAGGCUUGGGUUCAGUACCUGGAGAAAAAGGUCUUUGAGCACGAGACAAUGGAAAUGCAGUCACGGUUCGUUGACGUGGUCCACCUGAAAACAGAAGCCAUGGAGCUCAAAGUGAAACUGGAAGCCAAGGACACCCUGACAGCAAUCUACAAAGACCGGAGGUUUGCCAAAGUCCAAACAAUGCGGAACAACAUGGCCAUGACCUGUUAUGCCAACGGCAUGUUUGCCUACGUGUCUGAGAGAUACAUCCAGGCAUACCACUUCGUGAACGAAGCGCUGCUAUACUGCAAGAAAGACUCCUGGGUCAACCUGACCGUGGCCGUUACAAACUUCUACAAGCUCUGCAAGAGGAAAGGAGCACGAGACGUUAGGUCGUUCCUGGUCAUGGAUAGCAACCCUUAG